AUGCUCCCUUCCCAGCCUCUCCUGCACGCUGCGGUGUUUGCACUCGCAGUCCUCCAGGCCCUGGCCUCCGACACCUUCAUUGCAGCCGUCUACGAGCACGCGGUCAUCCUGCCAGAUGCCACUGACGAGCCCGUUUCUCCCGACGAUGCUUUGGCCCUGAUGAACAAAAACAUGGACGUCUUGGAAGGGGCCAUCAAGGAAGCCGCCCAGCAGGGUGCUCACAUCAUCGUGACUCCUGAAGACGGCAUUUAUGGCUGGCGUUUCACAAGAGAAGCCAUCUACCCCUACCUGGAGGAUAUCCCUGAUCCGGCGGUGGACUGGAUUCCCUGCACCGACCCCACAAGAUUUGCUCCUGCUCCAGUGCAGGAGCGACUCAGCUGCAUGGCCAGGAAAAACUCCAUCUAUGUGGUUGCCAACAUCGGGGACAAGAAGUCAUGUAAUUCCAGUGAUCCCAGCUGCCCCAGCGACGGUCGCUAUCAGUACAACACCGACGUGGUCUUUGACUCGGAGGGGAAACUGGUGGCUCGUUACCACAAGUAUAAUCUCUUUGUGUCAGAAACUCAGUUUAAUUACCCUAAAGAGCCAGAAGCCGUCACCUUCGAGACGCCCUUUGGGAAAUUUGGCGUUUUCACUUGCUUCGACAUCCUUUUCCGUGAGCCUGCCGUGGUCCUGGUGAGCGAGCUGCAGGUGGACACUGUGCUCUUCCCAACAGCUUGGAUGAAUGUCCUGCCGUUCCUGACCGCGAUUGAGUUUCACUCUGCCUGGGCUAUGGGCAUGGGUGUCAACUUCCUAGCUGCCAAUACACACUACACCAGCUUGUCUAUGACAGGGAGCGGUAUUUAUGCACCAGAUGGAGCCAGAACAUACUACUAUAACAUGAAAACUGAGGAUGGUCGCCUCCUCAUUGCUGAACUAGAUUCACACCCUCGCCUUUCUCCUGCCUCCUCGCCUGCCGUCAACUGGAGCUCAUAUGCUUUGAGUGCCGAAAGAUUCCCACUGAAUGACCGUGAUUUCAGUGGACUCAUCUUCCAUGACUGGUUCACUUUCACUGAGCUCACUAAGCCUGAGCAGAAUCUCACCAUUUGCCAGAAGGACCUCUGCUGUCACUUGAGCUACAAGAUGGCACGGAAACGAGAAAAUGAAGUUUAUGUGCUAGGUGCUUUUGAUGGGCUUCAUGUUGUUGAAGGACAAUACUAUCUGCAGAUAUGCACGCUGCUCAAGUGCAAAAGCACAGACCUGAACACGUGUGGGCAGCCGGUGGAGACAGCUCAGACCAAGUUUGAGAUGUUCUCCCUCAGCGGCACCUUUGGCACCAACUACGUCUUUCCAGAAGUGUUGUACAGCGGGGUGCAGCUGGCCCCCGGGGAGUUCGAGGUAUUGAAAGAUGGGCGCCUGAUAAGUAAGGCACAAUCAACAAAACCAGUUGUCACUGUGACACUUUUUGGACGGUGGUAUGAAAAGGAUCAUCUGAAACAAGACCCACAACCACCAGCCUUUCCAUGAGAUUGCCAUAACUGAAGCCAUAUACUAUUAACCUUACGUCUAAAUGACAUACAGCAUCCUCUACUA